AUGCGGGCCUAUACUUUCCUCUUGACGGCUUUUGGCCUUACGGCGCAGCUCAGUACUGCAACCUAUACUUUGCUGGAUGACUAUACCAGCUCGGCAUUCUUUGACCGCUUUACGUUCUUCACUGAAACAGAUCCUACCCAUGGCUUCGUCAGCUAUGUCGACCAAUCUACGGCCCAGACUGAUGGCUUAAUCUCAACUAACGCAGACGGAUCAGUCUACAUGGGUGUGGACUAUACCAACGUGGCCAGCAGCGGCCGAGAGAGCGUGCGCAUCACGAGCGACAGCGAGUAUACCCACGGGCUGUUUAUUUUGGAUCUGGCGCACAUGCCCGGUGGAAUUUGCGGCACCUGGCCAGCAUUCUGGCUUCUCGGCUCCAACUGGCCUAACAAUGGCGAGAUCGACAUCAUCGAAGGCGUCAAUCAGCAGACCAACGACUUGAUGACCCUCCAUACCAGCGACGGCUGCAGCAUCGACAACUCCGGCUUCACCGGCACUCUGACAACCAGCAACUGCUACGUUGAUGCGGCGGGCCAAUCCAGCAAUGCGGGCUGUAGCAUCACCUCCCCAAGCUCCCAGUCCUACGGAACGUCCUUCAACUCGCUCGGUGGUGGUGUCUAUGCCACGGAGUGGACAAGCUCCGCUAUCGACAUCUGGUUCUUCCCCCGCGGCAGCAUCCCUGCCGAUGUCACCGCUGGCGUCCCCACCCCGGCCACCUGGGGAACCCCGGCCGCCAGCUUCGCGGGCUCUUGUGAUAUCGACUCGCAUUUCGACGCCAUGCAGAUUGUCUUCGACACCACCUUCUGUGGCGACUGGGCCGGCAAUGUCUGGAGCUCGGGCUCGUGCGCCUCCUACGCCAGCUCCUGCACCGACUACGUGGCGAACAACCCGUCGGCCUUCGAGGACGCAUACUGGACCAUCAACUCGUUGAAGGUCUACCAGGAUGCCAGCAUCAAUGGGGUCCUGAAUGCUACGGCGUCGCGCCGAUGGCCUGGCCUGUCGCAGCACACGCGCGGGCCGGCGUUCACGAGACGCGGACGCAGGGAAUCUGGAGGAUAUGAAUAUGCGUUCCGCGGGUGA